UGCUUCGCAGUACUUACCAACCUCUCGCACAAAAAGUUAUUAUGUAGCUUAAGUGGAUCCCAACGAUUGUGAUAAAAGGUCUUCAUAGUCUAGGCUCAGUUUCAGCCUCUAUAUUCAUAGUCAUGUGUGGAGACGAAGCCAACUACCCCGAACCAACCCUGAACUCCAAACUUCCAGUUCUACAACGCGAGUGCAUGCCGUUGGGCGAUCCUCGCAGUUUCUCAGAGUUUCUCCCGGCACAGGGCCCCAGACUCCCGAGUACCCACGGGUACCCGUUUGGUUAGGUCUUCAGUCGGCACCCCCCACACCUGUAUUGGCGCUGCAAAGAAAAUUCCUUAGUGUAAUCAAGUUGCCCUUUUACCCUUCUCGUGCAGAAUACAAGUGCAAGAGUGCUUGCUCCGUAUCAGCAGCCUUGAUCCUGAGUGAGUGCCACCUUACCUGAAGGCCGGAUGUUAGGACCUUGCGCAUAAUAGGUAUGUUCUUGCUGGCAGAAGUUGCUAGGACAUUAACCUUGCAGUCGAGAAUAGAUCUGUAUGUCAUCCAGGGACUCUGCAUGGCCAUGAGAACGAAAAGGCAAAUGCAGCAGUUACUUUGGAGGCGGUCGAUUUGGCACAACCCCAGGAUCUCCGCCAGCAGAUAAUCGAUGCCGUGACGUCCCAGGAAUUUAGAUGUCAAAUGUUCAGUUGGAGAGAUAAGAAGGCCGAAAGAGCAAUGGACUGCAUGUUGGAGAUGCUUGAUGAAGUUGCUGAAAAAGCGUGGAAGAGAACUCACGUUCCUUGGGACCCAUACUCUGUGAGACGCUUACUGGUGAAUUUGUCAAAAGUAUCUAGCACAUUUCCGCCAUCCUUAUUCUGUCGGACUCUUUGCGUGGACCGGAAUCCAGUCGCGCUCGGAGGGUGCGCUGAUAUCUUCAAGGCAACUGUUAAUAAUCGCCCAGUAGCAUUGAAACGGCUACGCGUGUUUCAGAGGUCUAGCAGCCGCAAUGUGGAGGUGACGUACAACGCGAUUUGUCGAGAGGCACUUGUUUGGCAUGGUCUGCGACAUAAAUAUAUUCUUCCAUUCCUCGGUGUGGAUCCCGACACGUUUCGACCAUUCUGCUGCAUUGUGUCUCUUUGGAUGCAGCACGGGAAUAUCAGUGAUUGCGUCUAUCAAUUGUUGUCUGCGGGCAAGGUGGCACCUCUCGAGCGCUGGUUCGUGGAAAUAUCGCUCGGCCUGAAGUAUCUUCACCUACAAAAGGUUGUUCACGGUGACUUGCGUGGCGCAAAUAUCCUUAUCGACAAUGAUUUUCGAGUACAAUUAGCGGACUUCGGAUUAGCACAAUUCGCGGACGCGAGCUCCGCCAGCGCUGGCUCCCAGGGAGGAGGUGCAGUGCGAUGGCUUGCUCCUGAACUGCUCCGUGGCUCAAGAUCGAAUUAUGCAAGCGACGUCUACGCGUUUGGGUGUGUUUGGCUGGAGGUCUAUACACAUUAUCCACCAUUCAAACAUCUCCGUCAUGAUUUCCAGAUGAUUGCUAAGGUGCUGGAGGGAGCCAUUCCCGAAUGGCCCUCUGUCAACCCUGAUUUUAGCGGCCAAUUAUGCCUAGAUGACUGGAGGUUCGUUCAAAAAUGUUGGGCUAGUCGCCCAUCGAGCAGGCCGGACAUCUCAUCACUUGUUGCUUCUUGCAUCCUUUCUGCCCAGUAUUUCAUCCAAGAGUCUGAUGACGUUUUUUUGUCCUCAAAGUUGCCUUCUAAUCCACCAGAGGCCGGCGAUAUGGAUGGUGUACUUGUGUCUGAGCCACGGGAACUCGUUUCGAGCUCAUCACCGACAUCUAUAUCAUUACUCUCCCACUUGAAACAAGACGAAACAUUCACCAAUCCGUUUGAUUUGGAUGAUGAGAAUGUCUCACCUUCAUCACUUCCGUCGGACAUCGCCUGGAUGAUGCCCAACUGGCCCUUCAUAAAUAACACAUCAAUGGAGGACACACCAUAUGAACGUCUGUCAUUCCAGGAGGAGACCAUGCCGGGUGGCAGUUCAAGCGCAUACUCUACACUGCAUGACUCUCCAAGCAUCUUUUCGUCCAGCACGAUGGGGUCCAGAUCGUCUGAUUCCUCCAGUAUUCUUUCAUUCAGCUCAAUGGGGUCCGAAUGGUCUCACGCAUCUUCUUUGACUGUAGAAAGGCAACCAGAGAUUACCCCAGUCUCUAAUCCAAGAAUUAAACACCACAAUCUUGAUGCUAUCCCGGAACGAUUCGAGGACCUUUCGGAUUGACACGGGCGGGAAGCAAGGAUAUCUGAGGCAGUAAAAUGGCGUUACUCGGAUUCUAACAAAUAGACUUUUUUGUGUCAUUCAAGUUCUAUGGUGCGACGAGAGGAUUCAGACAUCCAGCGACAUCCAGCGAGCUGUUUGCCACUACAUGUCAAGAGCUUUUCUGGUAUUGUGUUUUGGAUUACGGGUCGUCUCUCCUCCCUUCCCUGCCAUAGAUCUGUAUUCAGAUCUGCCUGGGGUAGACUACUUUUGAAGCACUAAUGUUACUUCUUUGAGUACUGCUGGUGAAAGUUUCCAGGUUUUCAAGUUAGUGCUGUAGCAUCACCCUUCGGUUCUUCCCGUUACGGAUUGACCAGAAAUCCUGUAUAGUUGUCUGCGGUCAGGUGUAUCAACGAUAUUAUACAUGAGGAUUUAUAAUGUAGCCUUAGAAAUGACUUCAAAAUC